AUGCUGAUUCCCCUUGAGGUGAGAGUUGGUUGCAUGGAUGACUUUGGGCGUGACUUGGAAUUGUAUUUGAAUUCGGUGAAUAAAUGGAUAUCUACAUUGAUUGCAAGUGCUACAGUGAAAAUGAUGAAGCAGAAAGAUGAGAGCCUAACAGAAGGUGCAUACAUACUAACACUCCCAGUCAUGUCGAGGAUUGAAAUUGCUUGUAUCCUGAGACACAAAAUAAAAUCAGAUAAGGAGGACAGGAGAACUGUUGACAUAUAUCCGCACUUUGAAGAUGCAUGGGUGGGAGCUUCUGCCAUCAUAUCUAUCAAGCGGUUGAGCAGGUUUCUAUCUUGCUCUCAGCCCAAAUCAAAACUGGAAACAACAGCUGGUUCAUCUUCACCAUAUUUCUCAAAUGACAAAUCUGAAAUUUUCCAUGAAGAUAGGCUGUUGUAUUCGAUGAUUCAUGUUGUGCUUGGUCAAGCAGCGAUGAAAAGACUUGGAUUUGGUGCUGAAACAUGUAACUCUAGGCAUUCCAAAGGGUUCCUUCGUUACAGUGAUUGGAGAGGUCAGUUAUGUGAAGAUUAA